AUGGAAAAAAGUACAACUACGUUCAGUCCAUCCAAGUCGAUCAACAUUAACGUAGAUGUGACUGGAGACGUUAAAACAAAGCAACAAGUUCAAGAACUUCGCCAAUUGCUUCAAGAAAGAAUGACCGAAUUUGGAUUACUCCAAACAGAAUGGAGUAAGAAAGAAAGCGAACUCAGAGCUCAAUCUGAAGAUCUUGUAUCCCAACUUCACGAAAUUCAAAAUCAAUAUUUACAAGAAGAAAGUGCUGAAAAAGCUCAACAUCUUCAAGCAUUAAACGAACGCACAAAAGCUCAUCAAGAACAACUGGCUGAAUUACAGGCUGAACUUGAUGAGUGCUUAAUGAGUACUGAUGCUCCUAACGAAUUCGAAGAUAUCGAUAACGAAAUUGAAGAACUUAAAGAGCAAUUGAAAGAAGCCGAGAAUUUACAGCCAACACACUCUGAUAAUGAAGAUGAGAGUGAGGAUGAUGAAUAUGAUGACUCAGAACAAAGAAUUACUGAGUUAGAGCAGCGUCUUGAAGAGAUGCAAGGAAUCUACGAACAAGCCUUAAGCGACCGUGAUGAAGAUUCCAAGAAGGCUACACAAAUGAUUGAAGAUAUAAUAACGAAAUACGAAGCAAUCGAAGAGCAGCAUCAGAAUGAGCUUGCCGAAGUAAUUAAUGAUAUUAACCAACUUGAAAAGCAGCGUGCUGAUAGAGUUGCUCAAUUACAGAAAGAAGUUGCCGAUUCUAAAAAGCAAAUUGCCGGACAGCUCAAGACAACAGUAAAGAGAAUGACCGAUAUCGAAGGCCAACUUGCCAAGUCCCAGAAAGACCAUAACUUGGCAAUGCAGCAGCUCCAAGAACAAGCAGACGCUUUAAGAACCCAACUUGAAGGUUUAACAGCUCGCCAGAAGCAGCAGCUCAAGGAAUCAUCAGCUAGUGCAAAGCGCUAUGCAGAAGAGAAGAGAGCUUUCGUUGCAAAGCACAAAGAAUUACAAAUGCUCAAUGCAGAGCUUGUUCGUGAGCGUGUCGAACACCAAACACUUAUGAAGGAACUUAGUAAGAUGGAUGAUACUGUUUUAAGCCAGCUUUCGACUGGUUCUUUCUCCAAAUCUCGUAUUUCUUCAAUUUAUUAA